CGAUUUCUAAUUCCAGGAGUUUCUGCACAAGCUUAUUUCCAUUUCUAAUUCCAAUUCCGAUUCCUAUCCCAUCUAAACUUCCUUUGAAGUCCAUUAAACUCUUUGCUACCGGGCUUCCCAAAAAGUUGAAGCGGGGGAUCCCGCAUCCGACAGGCUAGCCGGGCCGUGAGCGCGGUGGGAAUGGGCUUCCCAAAAAGCCAGCCCCGAUUUCAUUCCCAUUUUGAUUCCAAGAGUUUCACAUGCUAUUUCCGAUUUUAAUUCCAAUUUCUCUGAAGUUCCAAUCGAAAGUUCUCCUCGAUUUCAUUCUCAUUUCCAAUUAUCCUCAUUUCUGAUUGCAUGUUCAAUUAAAUGCAGUUUUUUUGAUUGGGGGCAUUCAGUCCAGGCUUAGUGUUGCUCAAGACCAAGGCUCUGGUAAUUUUUACUCGAUUCCGGUGACGGCGUAGACAUUGUCCAGCAACCUCUGCAACUCCGAUCUCCCUCUCUCUUUUGAUUAUUGAAGAAGGUUCUUCUCACUGGGAAACAGCACUCUUCAUUGGAAUUGAUUUCAUUCUUACCCAGCGGUCAACAAUGGAAAGUACACCAUUCUCCUUGCAUGACGAUGCUUUUGUUUUGAAGUUAAUUCGGUAACACCAACAGGCGGGCGGCCAAAAUAUCCCUCGGAGUUCCAUUCAUUUAGGUUCAAGGUCUUGCAUCAAAUCAGUAGGCUUCAAACUCUGAAAUGGACAUAUGUUAACCAUAGGAAAUACAUGUAAAAUCAACAUACAGCCGAGUAGCAAUAGGAAACAAAGAGGCGUAUAAUUCUAUAUUUCUUUGAUUAGUAACUUAGUAUACAUAACAGUGGAUUAUGAGAUUAUUCAAGUGACAUGAAGACAAAUGAAUGGAUAAAAGACAUCAAUGUACGUGCUAAUGGCUUUGAAAAUGGAGACAAGAUAAAAAUGGCUGUCUAUGUUACUUACAAAGACCUUGGGACCGAUAAUCAAAUGAACGAGCGGAUGAAAUCUGAAAUGUUAUUGGGGCUGAAGCAAAUUCUUGAAGACAUGCGUAUGUAUAUUUCUAACUUUACACCUCAAGUUGAACCAGCAACUGUACCUACUGCUUAAUGAUGACAGUCUCUGAGCUUAACCAUGUCUGUAAUUUCUACAUGAUAGAGUACACCAUUCUCCUUGCAUGACGAUGCUUUUGUUUUGAAGUUAAUUCGGUAACACCAACAGGCGGGCGGCCAAAAUAUCCCUCGGAGUUCCAUUCAUUUAGGUUCAAGGUCUUGCAUCAAAUCAGUAGGCUUCAAACUCUGAAAUGGACAUAUGUUAACCAUAGGAAAUACAUGUAAAAUCAACAUACAGCCGAGUAGCAAUAGGAAACAAAGAGGCGUAUAAUUCUAUAUUUCUUUGAUUAGUAACUUAGUAUACAUAACAGUGGAUUAUGAGAUUAUUCAAGGUUACUUUUGGAAUAGCAUCUUGUUCCGGCACGAUUUUCAUCUUAAAGUAAUGAUGCUAUCAGUGGCAGCAGCUAUUUUGGUUUG